AUGCAAGGGCGCUCGUUUCCUUUGUCUUUGCUGCUUGUGAGUGCGAUCUUGGCACUUCAAUUGCAGGCCGUACCCAUUGAGGAGAAUGAACUUGUUGGCAGGGGUACAUGUGAAAAUGAGGAAAGAUAUGAAAACCAAGUAAUGUGUCGUGGUCAGCCGAGUGGUGAGCUUAUGCCGUAUCCGGGGAAUUGCAAUUUGUAUUUGACAUGCGACUGUGUCUAUCCGACUGUGAAAAGGUGUCCGGCUGACCUCUGGUUUAAUAACGAAAUGAAGACCUGUGACUAUCCACAGAAUACAAAAUGCAUUGACUACGAUCUGACAACUUCUCUCCCAACGGCCAGCACUGGAACCCCAUUAACUGUUGUUCCAUCGACUAGGCCAACAACUCAAAUUACGCCCACACCAACCAAAGGGACCACAUCUUCUUCAGAUUCCGAAAUUACGCAGACGACGGAUUACGAUCCACCACCACCGCCACCGGGAAUUGAGGACUCGUUUUGUGCAAACCUCCCUGAUGGGUCGGUUCAUCGCUAUCCGUACAAUUGCAACGCCUACAUAAACUGCACCCACGGCUGGCCCGUACUCAAUUACUGUGAGCCAGAUAAGGUUUUUAAUCAAUUGCUACUGAUAUGCGAUACACCUGAUACGGCUCAGUGCGAAGAGCUACCGCUUCCAUCGCCCACAACUCCAAUGACGACACUGACGACAACUGAGGCGGAAGAGUGUGGGGCUGCACCAGAGGGUGUGGAGGAGCAGUAUUGCGAGCCCCUGGGAAAUGGUUUCUAUGAGUAUCCCUACGAUUGCAGUGCCUACAUUACGUGUCACAACGGCUGCACGGGCAUCCAGUACUGUAUUCCAGAAAAGCUUUUCAAUCCCCUACUACACAUAUGCGAUACUCCCAACUCUGUUGUCUGCAAUCCCCUCUCCUAUCCCACAAGCACACCUUCCAGCGUUUCUUCCACGCACUCCGAACCUACAAGUGCUGGAACUGGUAGUUCCACGACAUCAACACAAAGCACAACUGUGGGCUUACCUUCGGAUGUUGAUCCGAACAUUUGCUUAGAUAAGCCGGACAACACGAUAUUACCCUAUGCAGGCAACUGUGCCGAGUUCAUUCUGUGCAUGAACCAAGACGUGGUCAUGCAAAAAUGUUCGACUCCUCUGGUAUUCAAUCCGGAUCUGCUUAUCUGCGAUAAUGCUGAUGAUGUAUUGUGUUAUGGAGACCGCACCACCGAGAAACCCACAUCGCCAGUAACCACAGAGAUCAGUACAACGGCCAGCACUCCCACAACUCAACGCACAACGCCCAAUCCCAAUGAACAGUGCGUGAAUAGUGUGCUGGGAGACACCUAUCCCUAUGAGGCCGAUUGCCAAAAGUACGUUCUGUGUACGGGUAAUGGCACGUACUUCCUUGCUAAUUGCAUUGCCAAUACUUGGUACGAUCCAAAGACGGGAGAUUGCGGGCGAGAUGUUUCUCCAACGGCCUGCAAAGAUCUGGCAACUGAUACGACCACAACCCUCCCCACAACGAGUGAACCAACUACCAGCCCUACAACAGUGAGUGUUCCAACCACAGCUCCCCCAACUUCUAAUGGGAUUUGUGGAGAUAAGAUCAAUGGUGAGAUGAUCAAUUAUCCCAAGGACUGCAGCAAAUAUAUUGUUUGUGUUCAGCCAAUUCCCGUUGCCUUCUACUGCACCGACGGCUUCUACUUCAGUCUCGAGCUGCAGGAGUGUACCACCUGGGAUGCGAGUGACUGUGAAAACAGUGGCGAGACCACAGCAACAACUCCGAGUCCAGCAACGACCAGGCCGCCACCACAAUUUCCAAUGUGCACGGAAAGUGAUCGAGACACAUUUCCCUAUCCCGACAACUGCAAAUGGUUCAUUCGUUGCGUCAACGAUGUUCCCAUGAUGCAUGUCUGCAAUUGUGGCGAAUACUACGAUCCUUGGACAGGGGUUUGCGGUGCGGAUGUGCCGCCUGAUGCCUGCCGCGAAGAUUACACCUCCACUACGGAAUCCACUACACCAGCCACCCGACCUCCUCCGCAAAAGGGACCCUGCGAUGAUGUCGAGGAUGGUGCUCUGGUACCUUAUCCCAAUGACUGUACCAAGUACAUAAAAUGCGAUAGACCUAUAGCUGUCGCCUAUGAAUGCGACGAUGGAGACGAGUUUAGCGAGCAGUUGGGCAAAUGUGUGGAAGCCUCCUUAGCCAACUGCAAGUUCACAUCGACUGAAGGCUCUACAGCUGCAUCGACUGCCACCUAUCCAACACCACCCACAGCGGGUUCGACAACCCCGAAACCGACAGAAACUUCGCCAAUAGAGCCGCCGACACGCAGUACUACAGAAGGGUCAACUUCAUCAGAGGUGACAACAGAGAGUACGACCACGGAGACACCUUCCGGUGGUCUUUGUGCUGGUAAAUUGGAUGGAACCCUGGUCCCAUACCCAUACAAUUGCAGCAAAUACAUUGUCUGCGCUGAUCCCAUACCCAUCGGCUAUGACUGCUAUAAUAACUUAGAGUUUAGUCCGACCGAGCUAAUGUGUAUGGAGCCAGAACAGGCUAACUGUCAAGCCAUAACAAUCCCAACCCCUAGUACGAAAACUACAACAUCAAUUCCACCCGAAUCUACUCCAGAAUCUAGGCCCAGUAGUACCGAAUCGACGGCUACAACUCCCAGUACACCGGCGUCUACAGCUGCAACCAUACCCCCCGAUACCCCAAAUAUAUGCUGUGGACAUACCUUAGGCACUCGACUGCCAUAUCCUAAUAAUUGCAGUCGAUAUAUAGUAUGCGAUUAUCCAAUACCUUAUCCGGUCGAUUGUGCCGAGGGCACGAUAUUUGAUCAGCAGGCCUUGGAGUGCACUGCAGCUUCCAAUGAAAGUUGUCUUUUUGAAGUCAAUUAA